GGACCAUUUUGAUAGUUUUUCUAAAAAAAAAAAAGGAGGAGAGUAAAUUAAAGUGCGAAAAAAGUUCUAAUGAUUUUCCCUCUAGAAAUUGUUUGCACGAAAUUCUUCAAAUAAUUCCGACUGAUGUUUCAGUCUGUAAAGUGUAAUCUCGCCUAGUUGCUAAUUACGCGCGGAAGAAGCGGCGGAUUUGAGCGAGUGAUGGGCAGUACCAGCAGAGGGGAGGAGCCAUCGAAGCAGAUGGGGCUCCACAAAACCCUAAAGGAGGGGGAGAGGAUCCUGGCCCCGACACGGCGGCCCGACGGAACCCUCCGCAAGGCCAUCCGGAUCCGGGCCGGUUAUGUCCCCCAAGAAGAAGUAGCCAUCUACCAGUCCAGAGGUGCCCUGUGGAAGAAGGAGAUGGCUGCACAGGAGGGUCCUCCUGGUUAUGAUCCGGAGCCGUAUGUAAAACCUAAAACUAAGUCUGCUAAGAGAAAUGCUAGGAAGAAGGAGAAGAGGUUACAGGCUGCUCUUGAGAAGGAUAAGAGCUCGGAAUCAGUGGAAGAUGAGGAUCUGAAGGUUGAGGAAGAGAAAGCUGUCGAAUCAUUGGCUUCUCAGGUCAGUGAGAUGGCUGUUUCUGCAAAUCCUGCUGAGAGCAUCCCUCCCUCGGACUCAACUGAGGGUGCAAAUGCUGGAGGUCCAGGUCAAGACAUUGAUAAGAAAAUCCGAGCGCUGAAAAAGAAGAUACGCCUAGCAGAAGCUCAGCUGCAGAAAACUUCGCCACAAGAAGCGAAACCCGAACAGAUGGAUAAAUUGUCGAAGCUUGAAGGUUGGCGGGAGGAGUUGAAACUGCUGGAAAAUGAAAAGUCCAGGAUGUAGAAAUCAUGAACCGUGUGGUUCAUUCCUCCCUCUUUGCCCGGUGAGAAGGCAGAAACUCGUGCAUCAGAGCGGUGAUUCUUCUUGACUAAUGGGUCCAUGGUUGCGAUCAUGUCAUCUAGUGGCAUCUUUUUCGCUAGAUUUUUCAGCCAUUGUUGAUGGUGCAUGUUCGACCUCGGUCUUCUAGCAGUGAGGGACUAUUUCUUUGUAGUGAUGUUCCCUUUUUAACCAUUAUAUGAUAAUAUCAAAGUUCCAGUGACUUGCAAAUCAAAAUCUAUCGGUUGA